ACGAAUGUUUAGCAAACUGUCAAAAUUUCAAAGCAGACCGAUUGCCCACUGAUUUUUUUUCCUCACCGAACGCCAACUUGCGUAGCGAUGAAGGAGUCGAAAGUUGUGUUUAUCUGCUGUUUUUGUUCAUUUUUUGGACUGCUGGUGGCCUUCCCCGAGCAGGGCAAAUGGGAUUUCACACUGACGGCGGAUGGACGCUUUAUGCCAAUUUCCAAGUCGGUCUUCGCUGGAUUCAAAAUUUAUACACAGAUUAACUGCGAACCAGUCGAUCCAACGAAACCCUCUGUUCCGUUGAAAAUAACCUGGACCCUGUUGGAGCUGAAAUGUUGGGAGGAAUACAUCCGAAGUUCGUAUAAUCUUCCGUACGAGGAAUGGUUUUUGACACCGAACCAGUCGAAGAUCAGCUCCGACCCUAUCCACGAAACGUGCAGCCGAGGGGGACACAUCAGUCUGCCGGAGUUAAAACUGAAGGAACCGGAGAGCAAGAUUGUGAAAUCUCGUAGAGAAGCGGGACAAAGUGAACCACAAUCCAUCCUUACGAUCACGAAAGAUGGUUUGUACAUUUUCAUACUCAGAAUCGAGGGAGAUGAAGGCUACAUUGCAAACGUUCACGUUGAGAUGAAGGGACCACACGGUUAUUUGUCUGCGGUGGAUUGGCCCCUCUUGCCGUUUUACGGGGCGAUGUGUUUGGUAUACGUGCUUUUGGGUGUCAUCUGGUUGGCAGUCUCCUUCCUCCAGUGGAGGGACCUGCUACGGAUACAGUUUUGGAUUGGUGGCGUCAUCCUGUUGGGGAUGCUGGAGAAGGCCAUGUUCUAUGGCGAGUACCAGAGCAUCAACUCAACGGGCGUUUCGGUGAGAGGAAUGGUUUUGUUGGCCGAAUGGGUUUCCUGUGGAAAACGAACGUUAGCGAGAAUGCUAGUAAUCAUCGUUUCGCUUGGAUUUGGGAUUGUCAAACCACGAUUGGGACCAAUGCUGCAUCGUGUUGUUGGGACUGGAUUUCUAUAUCUUGUGCUGGCUUGUGUGGAGAGCUUCCUCCGGAUUAUGCACACCAAAAAUGACCAGCUGCUAGUGGCAAGUAUUCCAUUAGCCGUUUUGGACUCCGCUAUCUGCUGGUGGAUAUUUACUUCCCUAGUUCAGACCACGCGUACGUUGCGAUUGCGAAGAAACAUGGUUAAACUCACGUUAUAUCGUCACUUUACGAACACGCUGAUUUUCGCCGUGCUCGCUUCCGUUGUGUUUAUGCUGUAUUCCAUCAAAGUGCACCGCUUCGCUGAAUGUUUGACCGAUUGGAAGGACCUGUGGGUGGACGACGCCUUCUGGCAUGUGCUCUUCUCGACGCUUCUGCUAGUGAUUAUGAUUUUGUGGCGUCCCACGAAUAACAACCAGCGGUACGCCUUCACGCCUCUGUUAGAUAAUCCCGAGGAUGAAGACGACGAUGAGGAGGAACAGUUUGUGUCGGAUGCGUACGGCGUUAAAAUGCGAGGCGCCCGUAGUGCUUCUCCCAAACCGAACGCCAAAAGUCCUACCAACGAGGAGGACGAUCUCAAAUGGGUCGAGGAUAACAUCCCGGCAGCGAUAGCCGACGCGGCCCUCCCAGUGCUGGAUUCCGACGAAGAGAUCGUGAACACCAAGUUCGAGGUUUCGAAAAUGCAAUAAGGUGGAAAUAUUGUGUCGGGGAGAAACAACGCGCCAGCGGAAGCAAAUGCAAUAUUCAGACUACGGGAGUUCCGUUGUUGAUUUUUAAUCCACAAAAAAUAAUGCGAACGGUUUGAGACGCAUAGGAAACGAUGAACUAAUAGACGGCUCAGAGCUUCGAAAUGUUUCCAUUAUCGUAGAGUAAUUAUUAGCUUGGAUUUACAGGUCGAAACCGGAAGGAAAAAUCAACAAAUCCGAGCAGAGUUCAAUGACGAAAACUUUUUGAAAUAAAUUAAUACAUUUAUUAUUUUUUUUUGUACAUAGGGUAAAGCAUAUAUUUAUUAUUUUUUUCGGUACAUUUAACAAAAUUGUAAUACUAAAUACAAGAGAAGGACUGUAUUCAAAACUAAAUAAAUCUUAUUG